AGAACAUAUAUAAGUACCCAAGUGUACCGCUAACACCGCUGUUUGAUAGAACUUCUUGAAAUAUAAUAUUUAUUUGAAGGCGGGAGCUAUUAAUUAAAGAAAACGAAGAUGCCAAAAGUACGACGAAGCAAGAAACCGCCUCCGGAUGGUUGGGAGCUAAUCGAACCGACUCUGGAGGAAUUGGAGCAAAAGAUGCGCGAAGCCGAGACGGAACCUCAUGAAGGCAAAAGAAAACAGGAAUCCUUAUGGCCAAUAUUUAAAAUACAUCAUCAAAAAUCUCGAUAUAUAUACGAUCUGUUUUACAGGAGAAAGGCGAUUAGUCGUGAAUUGUACGAUUAUUGUUUAAAUGAAAAUAUUGCUGACAAAAACUUGAUCGCCAAGUGGAAGAAGGUCGGCUACGAAAAUUUAUGCUGUCUGCGCUGCAUUCAGACAAGGGACACAAAUUUUGGUACAAACUGCAUCUGCAGAGUGCCAAAAGGUAAACUUGAAGAAGGUCGGAUAGUGGAAUGCAUACAUUGUGGCUGCAGAGGAUGCUCUGGUUGAAUAUGAUACUUUCCUGCAAUUCGAUAUUCACUCGCAACACGUGAGCAUUUUUCCGGAAGGCAGAGAUCAUAAUAACCGCACCGAAACGCAUUCUUGGCA